UUUCUAAAUCCCACCCACUGGUUUCAGUUUGCUGAUGAUGCCGCCGUCAUAAGUAGUCAAGAAUCCGAAAAUCAACAUCUUCUAAACCGGUUCUCCAUUUGGUGCCAAUGGUCCAACAUGAUUAUUCGGGUUGAUAAAUGUAGUACCUUUGGCAUCAAAAAAGCUCUAACAAAAUCAAUCCAAUACCUGCCUAAACUACUUAUUAACAAGCAACUAAUUCCAAAGAUCAAUAUCGGUGAGGCUUUUCAAUACUUAGGAAGAUACUUUAGUUUUAAUAUGUCAGACGAACACCACAAAUCUGAACUAAUCUCACUCGUUGAAGAACUAAUGGCAGAUAUUGAUUCCAAACCAUUACAUCCAAAAAAUAAAAUCCUCCUCUACAGUCGAUAUCUUCUGUCAAAAUUAUCCUGGCAUUUUACAGUUUCUACCGUAUCGAAAACGUGGGUCACCGAAAACAUUGAUUCCAAAGUCAACAGUUAUAUCCGUAAAUGGCUUGAUAUACCUAUAUCUGGAACGCUAAGCACUGUUUUCCUAACCCGCAACAAGUGUGGCCUCACUAUUUGUCCCCCAUCUGUCAAAUUUAUUCAAUGUCAAACUGUUCUCCGUAAAGCCCUAAAAACAUCCCCAAACGAAGCAAUUAACGAUCUUAGGAAAGCAACUAGCAACAGCAAAAAUAUUCUGUAUGACGUUUAUAUUAACUCCACUAAGCAAGUUCUUAAGGACUUUCGCUCUGGAUAA